AUGAGAUAUGUUGAUUCGAGAGAAUAUACCGUAAUUAAUUAUUUUAAGGGAAAUAACAAUGAAACAAAAAGAAAGAAUCUAAAGUCAGGUUUUAUAAACGUUGUAGAUAUUUUAGGAGAAAAUCCAUUUAUUGAUCCUCAAUAUCAUAUACAAAAUAAUCUGGAUUAUUUCUUCAUUGACAAUAAUUAUUUUCACAAUUGUCAAAAGAUUAAAACUUAUUUUCACCGUUUCGAUAAUCCUCUAGUAGUAUGUACUUUAGACUUUGCCAGAUGGAGAUUGAAAAAUGAAUUACUUGAUAACAAUCAAAUUCAAAAAGAAAUUAAUGAUGUAUUAACGAAUGUGUGUACAAUUUCUGAAUGGAAUCGUCUUAAGUUACAUAUCAAAUUCAUAUUUCGUUCAUAUCCUAAACCAUUUAAAUUUCUAAAAAAAAAUUCAGUGACAAUUGAUUCAAAAUUAUCAAUUCUCAAUACUGACUUGGAUCAAUUAGAAUCUGAUGUAUUAAAUGAGCUAAUUGAAACUGG